UCAGACAAAGACGCAGAGCCGUAGGCGUGGCAACAGCGUUAAACUGAAAGUCUUCCCUCCGAGCAAAGUCGUAAGGUGAGUCCAAAAUGUCAGACGGAGCACUGCAGGUACUGGACGGAACCAACCUUACAAGCGUGGAUCUGUCUUUGCCCGAUUCCGAUGGUCCGGUUACCGGAGCUCACAUACUUGACCUCGCGAAUUCCCGAGCCUCUUCUUCCCUCUUUGGUCUGCCAUUACCUGAUACUCUCAAAGACUCUGCUAUCACGCGCCUCCGCUCUCCUGACAUCGACGCUUUGCGGUCCGCCGAGUAUGAUAGGGACAAGGCCUCGGAGAUUCUCAAAGACUACAUCACUGCCAUCGCCGAUGAACUCAAAGAUAAUCCUCUUGUCGUAUCAAUCUUGGAUGGAAGUACUCUCCGUUUGUUGUUAGAGGACGAGGAUGAUUUUGCCAUGCUAGCAGAAAAUCUAUUCACUGACUUAGAUGCUGAUGAUAAGGGGAAAAUCAGAAAGAGUGAAAUUCAGAAUGCUCUUGACGAAAUGGGAGUUGAAAUGGGCAUUCCUCCUAUCUCAGAAUUUCCUCAGCUAAAUGAUUUGUUGAGAAAACAUGGAGCGGAUGGAGAAGAAGAAUUGGGUCAAGCACAAUUUGCACAGCUUCUCCAGUCUGUACUACAAGAUCUAGAAGAGGAACUUACCAAAAAGAAUGUUGUCUUCAUCCAGAAUAUUCAAAUCAUAAAUGGCUCUAAGCUAAGACAGUUAUUGGCCAAUGAAGAGGAAUUAAACAGCAUUGUGGAGAAGGUGUUGCAGGAAAAACCCAAGGCAAAGGAUGGAUUAGGCAGUACAGAAAUAUUAAGGCACUUCCUCGAGAGUAACGCUAAGGAGUUGGGUUUACCACUAUCUGAAGCUGACGAGGCAGUUGCUCUUCUUUAUGAUGAUGUUUUUGCUGAUGUUGUAAAAGAAAACAACUCUGUGGAAUUAGAUAAAGAGGAGCUGGUAAAACUUGUGAAGGAUAUCCUAGAGAAAUUUGCAGAGCAGCUUGAGAUUAAUCCUGUAUAUCAGGACUUUCCUUGAGGGAGAUUAAUUGAUGGACCAAAUUUCAGAUUUUUAGCAUUUUAUGUUUGUAACUUCGUUUCAUUACACACCGUUGCAGUCCUAAAAUAGUUAUGAGGCCCUACCCUUGCUUUAGUAAUUUUUCUUUUUUGUCUUAAUGUUUUGAACUAUAUUUCAGCUUUAUUUUCAUUAGGAAAUAUCUUGUAAUCACCUAGGGUAUACGUAUACCUACGGAGAAGGGGUAAUGAAAAUAGACGAGAAAUGUUU